AUGGCGUCCAGCACCACCCCACCGCGUACACCACCACCACCACCACCAGCGCCCACCACCCUCGCCGCCGCACGCACGCACCACGCCACGCUGAUCGAGUGCGCCCUCCCCUCCUCUCCCCUAACAUACGUACACACGACUAACACCCCCAGCGAGCUCUACAUCGCCCUCCUCGCCUUUAUCCGGCAGCACCCCCUAACCUUCGACGCCGCCAACGCCCCCCUCCCCUACUACCUAUCCGCACUCGCCCCCGAAACCGCCAUGCUCGUGCUCGACGAAGUCUCCCUGCCAGCAGGGCUGCGCCCGUCGCGCCUAGAACUACAUGACGGGGCGAAGGCGCUGGGGCUCGAGACUGUGCGGUUGAUUGAAACGUGGCCGGGGGUGAAGGGGGAGUUUGCCAACCCCAACACCCGCCUAGCCUACGCCCUCCUCCUCCUCGAAGACGUGGCGCAAGCGCUCGAUACGGGCGCGGGCCUUCCGCGCUACACGCCCGACCCGCUGCCCUGGCUGGCGGGGAACGUGAUGGUGUGGUUGCGGACGGUAAAGGCAGUAGCGGUGGGGGUGGAGAGGCUGCCUGCGCCGCUGCCUGCUGCUGGGGCUGCGGCUGUGGUUCCUGUGGCUGGAGCUGUGCAGGGGGGUAGUGGUGGUGCUGCGGUGGCGACGACGCCGGAGCGUAGGGGCUUGAGGAGGGUGCUAGGGUGGUUAAGAAGGGGUUGA